AAUUUACGUCAGGAAUGUCAUUGCAAUGGCAGCGGCGAAACGAAGGUAGGCUGUCAUCUCGUCUUUCCAAUAAUCCUUUACAAAUGCAGCUAUGAUAAGCAAGAAGAAUUUUCGACGACGGUUAAUUUUAGCCAUCGGCGCUAAUCCAGGGGAAAAAGAUUAUUGUGGGCUGCUUGAUAUGCUGCAUGUCCACUUGUAUGUCUCUAGCUUGCAUUGACGACGAGUUGAACAAUCAACUGCAAUGUCGCUAUGACUGCUCGGAUGAACUGAUUACUGACAAAUGCUCACAAUUCAAUGCAACAACCCAUCCGUCAAUAGAUGGGUACUCAUGCUGUCCAGGCUAUUUCCUAAUAAAUGUCACCGAAUCUACGUACAUAUGCCAGAGAUGCAGAGACAAUACAUUCAUGCCUGACAUCAACAAGUGCUGUGGAUGUAUUAUAUGCAUGGAGUGUGAUCGCUCUUCAAAUGAUUCCAUAGUACAGAUUUGCACCAAAACCAAGAAUAAACAAUGUAAGAUAGAACAGGACCCUACAACCCCUGCAAAUGUUGUAUGUCCUUUCAUGAUGACGUCAACAGGGAACCCGCCAACAACCAAAGAAGUUAACACUGUACAUGUAACUUCAACAUCAGAUGUUCCAGUACUGGUGCAGACCUCUGAAAGGAAACCAUAUAGAGCAAGUUUCUAUGUAAUGCUGGCCUUCUUCCUUGUUCUUCUGAUUCCGGUUUUAUUUGUUUGUUCCUUUGUCUGCUUUGCAUAUAAAACAGGCUCGUACAAUGGAGACCCUGGUGCAGCUUCAGGUGAUGAUGGAAAAAAAGGAAAAAACGAUGGAGACCCUGGCCCUGGUGCAGUUUCAGUUAUUGAAGGAAGAAGCAAUGGAGACACUGGUGCAGCUUCAGCUGAUGAAGGAAAAAAAGAAAAAAACGAUGGAGACCCUGGCCCUGGUGCAGCUUCAGUUACUGAACAAAGAAACAAUGGAGACCCUGGUGCAGCUUCAGCUAAUGAAGGAAGAAACUAUGAUAAUAUGUCAUGGAAAGAGAUUGCACGAUUGAUAGCAAGUAAGUUAUUCUAUUACCCAUAAAUGUGUUGACAUGUUGGUAUAUAAUUUUUUGUAAAUCUUUUUUUUUUGGUAAUAUUUAUGAUGAAGGAGAAACAGAAAGAGAUGUUGUAUGGUCCCCAGAUUUUGAAAACCAAGACAUUGCAGUUUAGUACAAUUUAUUGCUGAAGCACUUCUUUCCUAUACAGUCAGGUAAUCAACAACAUGUUGAAUAUAUGUACUUUCCACUUCUGAUCUUUGUGUUUAGCUUUCUAUUGGGAUGUUGUAGCUGCAGUAUUCAAGCUCACUAACCUUGAUUAACUCUGUGUCUGAGAUAUGCUCAUUAACUUGCGGGUAGAUAUAAAGACAGAGAGCAGAGGUUGCAAUUGAACUAUUUAUUUUUCUUUAAAAUGCAUGAGUUUUCAUAAAAUUCUUUCCCCAUAAUUGUAGCAUUAGCAUGUCCAUGUAUAUUGUAUAAAAGAUUCAGUUAUUGUUCUUCAUCCAAAAUAUAUAUUGUAGUCCUCAAAAUAGAGUAAUUCUUCUUUGAUAUACGGAUGCCGGUUGGCAUCCUUGAGAGAGCUGAAUGCACAAAAAGAUGAAUUUCUCGAGAUUCAUCUAACCAGCACAACGAAAAGCAAAGCUAUUACCAUGUACGGUAACU